AUGCCCAACUAUGUGAAGUUCCUCAAAGAUAUACAUGCUAAUAAGAGGAAGAUUGGGGAAAAUGAAACUGUCACACUAACGUACGAGUGUAGUGCACUCUUCCAGAACAAUAUCCCCAAGAAAAUGAAAGAUCUGGGGAGCUUCACAUUGCCAUGCUCAAUCGGGGGGAAAGAAGUCGAAAAUGCGCUUUGUGACUUAGGGGCAAAGGGUAAGAUAGAGGAUGUGCUUGUGCAAGCGGACAAACUCAUCUUUACGGCUGACUUCAUUAUACUGGACUAUGAAGCUGACACUAAGGUGUCGAUCAUAUUGGGUCGCCCGUUUCUUGCAACGGGGCCCGUGCUGAUCGACGUACAAAAAGAAAAGCUCACUAUAAGAGUUGACAAUCAGCAAAUGAAGUUCAACGUUCUUAAUGCGUUGAAAUACCCAAAUGAUAUGGAAAACUGCCAGUAUCUUGGAGAACUGCAGGAAGAACAAUGCCACAAGUUUCAGGAAGAAACGGAAGAAGAAGACUUUGAAGUGGGCGCAAUGCUGAAGGAGAGUUGCGUUGCAAUAUAG